UUGUAAACAGUUCUCUCUCCAAUCACUAUACCAUUUACCUCUCGUGAAAUUAGUGGUUUCUAGAAUUUAUUGCUUUGAACAAUGUCGUCCAGUACUGAAUUAACAGAGAAGAAGGUGUUCUUACUGAAGAGCCUCGAUGGAGUGAUUUUCGAGGUGGAGGAAUCGGUGGCGGUUCAAUUGGAGGUGAUCAGAGAAUUGAUAGAGGGGGAUUGCGCCCGACCCUUCAUCCCUCUUUACAAUGUCACCUCCGAGAUUCUGGCUUUGGUCAUUGAGUAUUGCAAGCACCACGCUGAGACCUGCUCCGGUGGCACUUCCGCCACCAUUGCCGAUGAGGAUUUGAAGACAUUCGACAACGAGUUUAUGAAUGUUGAUGAGAACAUACUCCUUGAACUAUGCUUGGCUGCCGACUAUUUGGACAUCAAGAGCCUUUUUGAGCUUACAUGUCGAACUCUGGCAUCCUUGAUCAAGGAUAGGACCAUCAUUGAAGUUCGCAAGAUGUUCAACGUUGAGAAUGAUUUCUCUGUGGUUGAGGAAAAGGCGGUUCGGAAAGAGUUCGCUUGGGCAUUCAAUUGAUGAUUCUGCAAUUGUCCAUAUAGCAUAAGAGUGUGCCAUAUUCUGUUAGUAGCUUCUAUGAAUAUUAGACUUUGAACUUCAGUAAACUGUAAAGCAUAUGAAACUAUAAUCUGCAAGGUAAAGCUAAAAAAAUCGA